CUUUCUUUGGGUUCAUAUAUUUAAGAAAAAGUUACGGAGGUAAAUUUACGUGUAGGUUGUUUUUCUUUCUUUUUUUUUUUCCUUUUUAUGACAAUGUUUGAGUGUUGAGCGUCUCUGCCUUAGCGGGCCGUUUUCAUAAAUGGCUACCUCUGGGGAAUCUUCUGAAGCUGUGGAGGACGUUCCUCCGAUGGUAAAAAUAGUAGGACACUCUUUGCAGCGCUCCAUCGUUGCACAAAAUGAACUGAAAGAAGAAAUGAAGGAGAUGACAGCGGCUUACAAGGAGCUGAAGGGCAGCAUCAAAAUGAGAGAAAAUAACUUUCAUAGGACAAUGGUCUCCAGAGCCAUGAAGCAUCACAGAAAGGCCAAAGAGAGGGUGUCUUUGGACAGCUAUCCACCAGAAUUCAAGAUUUCAGCCUCAAGGAAUUAUACCUGCAUGAAGCCCUGUGUGGAAAGUCAACCCUAUGCUCCGAUCCAGCAACAGUGGUUAGACUCUAUGAUUGCCCAAAUCCCACCCCAUCUGAAAGAGGGCCCCAAGAUGAACAAACUUCUGCAGCAGCUUUGUGGGGAAGUCACCGAUGAGUUACACAGGGUGAUCGUCAAACUCACAGUGGACACAACAUUCAAUACUCCAGACAAACAAGAAGAAAGCUCUGAAGUGCAGACAUACAGCCAACCAAAUCUUGACUGCUUCCAGCUGUGCCAUUCCACCUUCACAAAAAGGCAGAGAAUAAUAAAAAGAAAACUUCACAUUCUGCACCAUGUGAUGCAAACUAUAUCGGCUCUUAGCUACAGAGCAUUUUCCCACAUGGUACUAGUUGAACCAUAUAGAUGGAGAUCUUUUGAACCUGUGGAUUGUAAACAUCUGCAGAGGAGUGCAGCUACGGAGUGUGAAAGAAAAGAAGCUGAAAUCAUGAAUACCUGGUUUCCCCUAAUCAUUCACAUAUUAACAGAUGCUGAGACAUUAGAAGGACUGAAAGUGGAGCAGCUGGAUUCUUUUUACAACUGUGCAUCCACCCUCAUGUCCAAUCAGUUGAAAUCUAUGCUUCAGCAAAGUGUAAAAACCUUUAUCAGCGCAUUUGAUCCAAACAAUCGCCGCUGCUUGCCAAUUUUUUGCAUGAAUUUGACGUUUGAUGACGAAAAGAUGGAAAUGUACCCAUCCCUCCAAGAUUUAGAGGCCUCUGUUUUAGAGAUCCUCAGCUCCAUAGCGAGCACACUGCAGAGAGUACAGACCGUGCAGGCAUGGUUGGCCUCAACCUCAUAUGUAGAUGCAAGCAUUCCAGAUGAUAUCCUUGCUUGGGCUCGGGUCACUGUGACAAAUGCCGUGCGCAAACAUUUGGAGGAACCUGACAAACAUUACAAAACUUAUGUUAAAAACUAUGACUGGCUUGUGAACGGAACUGCGCAGACUCAGGUGGACACCUUUCUGAAUGAGGAGCAUUCUUUUGAUGAGUAUACUAAACGAGUGGAGGAGUUUCAUAUGCUGUCAAAAGAGAUUGCCAACCUUACAUCAAAAGUCUUCUUCCCAAUGGUUCAUUUGGACUGUAAGGAGCUGAAUCAAGGCCUAUCUAAUAAGGCCAAAAUGUUUGCUGACAUUCUUCUGAACACACUUGUCACCAAACACAGAGAGCAAAAUCAGCUGAUCUGUUCUGAAUUUGAAACCAUCAACAAGAAAGCUCUAGAAGUUCCAGAAGACACAGAUGCUAUUGCUAACAUGAUAGACUACAUUAAUCGUAUCAAGACAAAGGAUGUUGCCGACCUAAAAGACAAAAUUAAGGAAGCUAGCACUAGACUGUUGUACCUCUUGGAUGUCUACAACUUUGAACCAGAGGAUUUGGAGCUUAACUCUGCUGUUUUUCUCUGGCAAAAAAAAAUACAUGAUGCCUUUGAGCUCAACGAUGAGGUCUUGCUGAGUGCAAAGCAGAAAAGAGAGGGAGAGCUGAUAGCAAAACGGGAAAAAUUAUUGGUUGAGCUUGAAAAGUUACGAGCCAUGGUAGAGCAGUUAAACUGCUCUUCCCUUGAUAUGAUGGAGCAGAGUUUUAAAGUGGUAAAAAUGAUACAGAAGCAUCUCCGUAAAGCCGAGGAGGCUAUUGCCCUUAUUAAUAAAGAAGAAACCUUCUAUAAAUGGGACCGAACAUCUUACCCGGAAGUUGAGGUUAUUAAGGAAGAAAUUGAUACAUACCACAAGCUGUUCGGAUUGAUUCUUAAGUGGCAGGACGCAGAAAGCAGGUGGAUGGAUGGCUCUUUCUUGGACAUAAAUGGGGAGACUGUGGAAACUCAAGUGGAUGAAUUUUAUCGGGAGAUCUUCAAGUUGUUGAGGUUUUUCCAGCAGAAGCAGAAUAAGGCUGCACAAGAGUUGGAAAAGAUGUCUGGCAUAACAAGAGAAAGGUCUGCUGAGGAUGAUCAAGGAAAGCAGGAAAACCCAAUUGUAGCUUUGUGCUCUGCUGUAGUGGAACAGAUCAAGAAGUUUAAGGAGAAUGUCCCUAUAGUGUCUGUGUUAUGUAACCCAGGCAUCAGAGCUCGUCACUGGGACCUGAUGUCUAAAGUAUUUGGGCAUGACCUAAGCCCUAACUCUGGGACAACACUACGCAAAGUUUUAAAGCAAAAUUUAGAACCUUACCUGAGUGAAUUUGAGACUAUCAGUGUGGUUGCUAGUAAGGAGUUUUCUCUGGAGAAGGCCAUGCAAACCAUGAUGCAAGCCUGGGACAGUGUUUUCCUCAACCAUAUACCUUACAAGGAAACUGGGACUUCCAUUUUGACUGCAUUGGAUGAUGUUCAGACAAUGUUAGAUGACCAGAUUGUAAAGACUCAAACAAUGAGGGGCUCCCCUUUCGUCAAACCAUUUGAGAAUCAAAUGAAGCAAUGGGAGGAGCGCCUGCUUCAGAUUCAGGUUAUCAUAGAUGAGUGGCUGAAGGUACAGGCCCAGUGGCUUCACCUGGCACCCAUCUUCUCAUCUCAGGACAUCAUGAGGCAGAUUCCAGAAGAAGGAAAACUUUUCCAGACCGUAGACAGAAAUUAUAAAGAGAUCAUGAAGCACUGUGUUAAAAACCCAAAGAUUCUGCCUGCCACUUCACUGCCUGGUUUGCUUGAAAAGCUGCAAAAUUCCAACAACCUCCUCGAUGUCAUUAUGAAAGGCUUGAAUGCUUACCUGGAGAAGAAACGGCUCUUUUUUCCACGGUUCUUCUUUCUAUCUAAUGAUGAAAUGCUCGAGAUUCUCUCUGAAACCAAAGAUCCACUACUCGUUCAGCCUCAUCUGAAAAAGUGCUUUGAGGGAAUUUCCAAAUUAGACUUCUUGCCCAAUCUGGAUAUUCAGGCCAUGUACAGCAGCGAAGGUGAGCGUGUUGAGUUAAUCCAGCACAUCUCAACGUCUGAUGCCAAAGGAGCUGUAGAGAAGUGGCUAAUACAGGUGGAGGAUGUAAUGCUUCGCAGUGUCAGAGACGUGAUAGCCCGAUCAAGAUUGGCUUAUGGCGAGACUUCACGGAACCAGUGGGUCACAGAGUGGCCUGGACAGGUCGUUAUUUGCACCUCUCAGAUUUUUUGGACUUUGGAGGUUCAUGAGGCCAUCAGAGCAGGGCCGGAUGGUAUAAAAAACUAUUAUCAUCAGCUGAAAAAUCAACUAGAAGACAUCAUAAAACUUGUGAGAGGAAAACUUGCCAAGCAAACCCGGAUCACUUUGGGAGCUCUGGUCACGAUUGAUGUCCAUGCCCGGGAUGUUGUCAUGGAGCUUAUUGAGAAAGGUGUAUCACAUGAAACUGACUUUCAGUGGCUAGCUCAGCUUCGCUACUACUGGAGCAACGACAACGUUCGCGUUCGCAUUAUCAACUGUGAUGUUAAAUACGCCUACGAAUACCUGGGGAACUCUCCACGUCUGGUCAUCACUCCUCUGACUGACAGAUGCUACAGAACUCUGAUUGGAGCUUUCUUCCUGAACCUGGGUGGGGCACCUGAGGGUCCGGCUGGGACAGGAAAGACUGAAACCACCAAGGAUUUAGCCAAAGCACUCGCUGUGCAGUGCGUGGUCUUUAACUGUUCAGAUGGACUGGAUUAUCUCUCCAUGGGAAAAUUUUUUAAAGGUCUAGCUUCAUCUGGAGCUUGGGCAUGCUUUGAUGAGUUCAACCGUAUUGAGCUGGAGGUGCUGUCUGUAGUGGCCCAGCAGGUUCUGUGCAUCCAGAGGGCCAUAGAACAGAAACUUGAGUACUUUGAGUUUGAAGGAACUAAACUCAGGCUAAAUCCCAACUGCUUUGUUUCCAUAACUAUGAACCCUGGCUAUGCAGGACGCUCAGAACUUCCAGACAACCUCAAGGUGUUGUUCCGAACUGUGGCUAUGAUGGUCCCAAACUACGCCCUGAUAGCAGAGAUCUCUCUAUAUUCAUAUGGUUUCCUGAAUGCCAAACCACUGUCAGUAAAGAUUGUGAUGACCUACAGGCUUUGUUCAGAGCAGCUCUCCUCCCAGUUUCACUAUGAUUACGGCAUGAGGGCUGUUAAAGCAGUGCUUGUGGCUGCAGGAAACCUUAAACUCAAGUAUCCCAAUGAGAAUGAGGACAUUCUGCUACUGAGAUCCAUAAAGGAUGUUAAUGAGCCCAAGUUUCUGUCCCACGAUAUUCCUUUGUUUAAUGGAAUAACCAGCGAUCUUUUCCCGGGCAUCUCCCUUCCUGAAGCGGACUAUAAGCUGUUCUUAGAGACUGCUAAAGAGUGCUGUAAAAGUCAUAACUUGCAACCAACAGAAGUCUUCUUACAAAAGAUGAUCCAGACAUACGAGAUGAUGAUAGUUAGACAUGGGUUUAUGUUGGUGGGAGAGCCCUUUGCUGGUAAGACAAAGGUGCUGCAUGUUUUAGCUGACACUCUGAGUCUAAUGAAUGAGAAAGGAUAUGGAGAGGAGGAGAAAGUCAUCUUCAGGACAUUAAACCCAAAGUCAGGCACUAUGGGACAGCUCUUUGGACAGUUUGACCUGGUUUCGCAUGAGUGGACAGAUGGGAUUGUGGCUAACACUUUUCGGGAGUUUGCUUUGGCUAGCACUCCAGAGCGCCACUGGGUGGUGUUUGACGGCCCAAUAGAUACACUGUGGAUUGAGAGCAUGAACACUGUGCUGGACGACAAUAAAAAGCUGUGCCUGAUGAGUGGUGAGAUAAUUCAGAUGUCCAGUCAGAUGAGUCUGAUUUUUGAAGCAAUGGAUUUAUCGCAAGCUUCUCCUGCCACAGUCAGCCGAUGUGGUAUGAUCUAUAUGGAGCCAUCUCAGCUAGGCUGGAAGCCUUUAGUAAUUUCCUGGAUGAACACUCUUCCUGAUGCUCUGCAGACCCUGGAAUACCAUUCCCUGCUGCUGGAGCUUUUCCACUGGCUCCUUCCGCCUUCCAUCAAUAUGCUACGCAAGCACUGCAGGGAGGUUGUUUCCACCAGCAACAGUAAUACUGUGGUUUCCCUGUGUCGACUGUUUGAGAUGCUUCUCACUGAGCCAGUGAAGAUGAAUCCAGGGGAUAAAAACAUCCAUAUCUGGAUCAUGGCAGCUUUUGCUUUCUCCUUGGUUUGGUCUGUGGGGGGUGCUUGUGAUGCAGACAGCAGGGAGAGGUUCAGUGAGUUCCUCAAGGCAACACUUUCUGGAGAAACAAAGGAAUGUCCAAUCCCUGAAAAACUUGGGAAAUGGGAGUGUCUAAUGGGUGAUAAAGGCCUGGUGUAUGACUACUUCUAUGAGUUUAAAGGAAGAGGCAAAUGGGUACACUGGAACGAGGUUAUUAAAAACAUUAACCUUGGAGAUAAAAACACAAAGGUGCAGGAGAUCAUUGUUCCCACCAUAGACACUGCUCGCUACACUUACAUAAUGGACCUCUGCAUCAAACAUGGCAUUCCCCCUCUGUUUGUCGGCCCUACUGGAACCGGGAAGUCUGUAUAUGUAAAGGAGAAGCUGAUGAACAAUCUGGAGAAAGACAGCUUUCUGCCAUUUUUUAUUAACUUUUCAGCCCGGACAAGUGCCAACCAAACCCAGAAUAUAAUCAUGUCAAGAUUAGAUAAAAGAAGGAAAGGGGUGUUUGGUCCUCCUUUGGGAAAAAAGUGUGUCAUAUUUGUAGAUGACAUGAGCAUGCCUGCCCUGGAACAGUUUGGGGCCCAGCCCCCUGUGGAGCUUCUGAGGCAGUUCAUGGACCACGGAAACUGGUAUGACAUUAAGGAUACAUCCAAGAUUACUCUUGUUGACCUCCAGCUCAUCUGUGCAAUGGGGCCACCUGGUGGCGGAAGGAACGCAGUGACCUCUCGGUUUCUUCGGCAUUUCAACAUUUUUAGCAUAAACCCCUUCAGCGAUGACACCAUGGUCCACAUUUUCUCCAACAUCAUGGCUUUCUAUCUGAAAAACAAUGCAUUCCCUACUGAAUGUUAUACUGCUGGCAAAAAUAUAGUAAAAGCAACAAUGGAAGUAUAUAAGAAAGCAAUGAAAAACCUUCUUCCAACUCCAUCCAAAUCUCAUUACACUUUCAAUCUACGAGAUUUCUCUCGCGUCAUUCAAGGCUGCCUGCUGCUCAGGAAGGAGUCUCUGCAAAACAAGCAUACUAUGAUACGCCUGUUUGUCCAUGAGGUCUUCCGUGUAUUCUACGACCGUCUUGUGGAUGACAAAGACAGAACAUGGCUCUUCAGGCUGAUGACCAGCAUCCUCAAAGAUCACUUCAAAGAGUCCUUUGACCAGGUCUUCGAUCAUCUGAAACAAGGCAGCAAACUGGAAGAGGAUGACAUGCAAAACCUUCUGUUUGGUGACUACAUGAACCCUCAGCUGGAGGAUGAUGAGCGCUUGUAUGCUGAGGUGCCAUCAAUAGAAACCUUUGGUGAGGUUGUGGAAGCGUGUCUCAAAGAAUACAAUGAGAUGCACAAGAAUCACAUGAACCUCGUCAUCUUUCGUUAUGUACUGGAGCACUUGUCACGUAUAAGCCGUGUGCUGAAGCAGCCCGGAGGCAAUGCUCUGCUUGUGGGAGUUGGAGGCAGCGGCCGCCAGUCCAUCACCUGCCUGGCCACAUCAAUGGCACAUAUGACCCUGGUUCAACCUGAGAUCACUGAGAGUUAUGGCAUGACAGAGUGGAGGGACGACCUCAAGAUGCUGCUAAAGAAUGCUGGGGUUAAAGGACAGAAGACCGUGUUCUUGAUAACUGAUGCCCAGGUCAAGGAUGAGGCUUUUCUGGAAGAUGUGGACAGUGUCCUAAACACAGGAGAGGUGCCCAAUCUGUUUGCUGUAGAUGAGAAACAAGAAAUCUUGGAGACAAUACGUCCCAUUGCUCAAGCUGGUAACAAAAAUCUGGAGCUAAGCCCAUUGACUCUGUUUGCCUUUUUUGUUGCACGCUGCAGGCAGAAUCUGCAUGUUGUUGUUGCUUUUAGUCCUAUUGGAAAAGCCUUUCGAAAUCGUCUACGACAAUUUCCAUCUCUUAUAAACUGCUGCACUAUCGAUUGGUAUCAGCCAUGGCCCGAAGAAGCUCUUGAGCGAGUUGCCAAUUGUUUCCUUGGCUCACUGGAGUUGAGUGAAAAUGAGAUGAAAGAGGUCAUAUCCAUCUGCAAAACCUUUCACACCUCUGCCACACAGCUCUCACAGAGAUUCCUAGCUGAACGAGGGCGCUCUAAUUAUGUGACGCCCACAUCCUACCUUGAACUUAUCGCUACUUUCCAUCAACUCCUCACUCAGCAGAGAAACAUUGUCAUGAACGCAAAACAGAGGUAUACAAAUGGUCUGGACAAACUAGCCUUCACUGAAUCGCAGGUUGCUGAAAUGAAAAAGAAGUUAGAAAAUCUUCAGCCCAAACUUGAAAAGGCAAAGAUAGAUAAUAUCGAAAUGAUGAAGGUAAUUGAGGAGGAAUCAGUUGAAGUGGAAGCCAAAAGUAAAGUUGUGCGAGUUGAUGAAGAAGCAGCAACUAUAAAAGCUACUGAGGCUCAGGCUUUGAAAAAUGAGUGUGAGACUAAAUUAGCUGAAGUCAUCCCUAUUCUGGAAGCCGCUAUCGCUGCCCUGGACACAUUAAAGCCUUCCGAUGUCUCUGUUGUGAAGUCAAUGAAAAAUCCCCCCUCAGGAGUGAAGCUAGUGAUGGAAGCUGUAUGUGUGAUGAAUGGCAUACAACCAGACAAAAUAGCUGAUCCAGCUGGGACCGGGAAGAAGGUUCUUGAUUACUGGGGUCCAAGCAAGAAACUACUUAGUAAUAUGAACUUUUUACGAGACCUCAAACAGUAUGAUAAAGACAACAUCCCAGUUCCUGUUAUGCAGAAAAUUCGGAAUGAGUACGUAAAUAAUCCAUAUUUUCAGCCUAAAAAUGUGGCUAAAGCCUCGUCUGCUGCAGAGGGCCUAAGCAAGUGGAUCAAAGCGAUAGAGCAAUAUGACAGCGCGGCUAAGAAAGUUGCUCCAAAGAAGCAGAGUCUUUCAGAGGCAGAAGAAUCUCUGGCUAUCACCAGGACCCUGCUAGACCAGAAAAGAGCUGAGCUUAAAGAGGUUGAGGACCGGCUUGCAGCGCUUCAGCAAACCUUUAAAGAAAAGACGGAAGAAAAAGCUCAGCUGGAGUUUCAAGUGAAUUUAUGUGCCAGAAAGCUGGAAAGGGCUGAAAAACUAAUUGGAGGGCUUGGUGGAGAGAAGACCAGAUGGGCCAAAGCAGCAGAUGACCUACAGCAUACAUAUGACAACUUGACUGGAGAUGUCCUUAUUUCGGCUGGUGUCAUUGCAUACUUGGGAGCUUUUACUUCUGACUUCAGACAGACCUGCACCAAGUUAUGGACCAGUCUCUGUCAAUCUAAGAAUAUUCCAUCAUCGGAUGACUUUUCUCUCAGCAAAACUCUGGGAGAUCCCAUAAAAAUAAGAGCUUGGAACAUUGCAGGCCUUCCCAACGACUCUUUGUCUAUCGACAAUGGUGUUAUCGUCAGUAAUUCACGCAGAUGGCCUUUAAUGAUUGAUCCUCAGGGCCAAGCCAACAGGUGGGUGAAGAAUUCAGAGAAGGACAACAACCUGAGUGUAAUCAAGUUAACAGAUGGGGACUACAUAAGAACCUUAGAAAACUGCAUCCAGUUUGGAACCCCCUUACUGCUGGAAAAUGUAGGAGAAGAGCUAGACCCUUUUCUACAGCCACUGCUUCUUAAACAAACCUUCAAACAAGGUGGUGUAGAUUGCAUCAGGCUUGGAGAGAGUGUGAUUGAGUUUUCAGCCGAUUUCCGUUUCUACAUCACCACCAAGCUCAGGAACCCACACUACCUGCCUGACCUGGCCACUAAAGUGUCUCUCCUCAAUUUCAUGAUCACACCAGAGGGUUUGGAAGACCAGUUGCUGGGGAUCGUGGUUGCUAAAGAGAGGCCAGAACUGGAAGAAGAGAGAAACACAUUAAUCCUGCAGUCAGCUGACAAUAAGAGGCAACUAAAGGAAAUUGAAGACAAAAUCCUUGAAACUCUUCAGUCUUCUGAGGGGAAUAUCUUGGAGGAUGAGAGCGCUAUUCAGAUUUUAGACUCUGCAAAGAUCAUGUCCACUGAGAUCACAGAAAAACAGCAGAUUGCAGAAAAAACUGAGAUGAAGAUUGCAGAGUCCAGAGAGGGUUACAGACCUAUUGCCAAGCACUCAUCUAUCCUGUUCUUUAGCAUUGCUGAUUUGACCAACAUUGACCCUAUGUAUCAGUACUCUCUCAGCUGGUUUGUUAAUCUUUACAUUAACUCCAUUCAAGACAGUUACAAGUCCAAGACUCUGGAGAGAAGACUACAGCAUUUAAUGGAUCACUUCACCUACAACCUGUACUGCAACAUCUGCCGGUCUCUCUUUGAAAAGGACAAACUGCUGUUCUCCUUCCUCCUCUGCUGCAAUUUGCUCCUAGCAAAGGGGGAGAUAGAACAGACGGAAUUCAUGUUUUUGCUGACUGGUGGAGUUGGUCUGCAGAACACCAUUGCUAACCCAGAUCCCAGCUGGCUGCAAGAUAAGAGCUGGGAUGAAAUCUGCAGAGCCGAUGAACUACCUGGGCUACAAGGAAUAAAGAAGGCUUUCAUCAAGAGUCCAGAUGAGUUUAGGCCUGUUUAUGACAGCAAAGAACCCUGCAGUGUUCCUCUGCCUGCACCUUGGUGCAACCAACUUAGUAGCCUGCAGAAAAUGAUAAUUAUCCGAUGUCUCAGACCUGAUAAGAUGUUGCCAGCUAUAACUAAAUAUGUAUCUUGCUAUCUGGGAAAGAAAUUUGUCCAACCUCCUCCCUUUGACUUGGGUAAGAGCUAUCUUGAUUCCAACUCCACCAUCCCACUUGUGUUUGUGCUUUCUCCAGGAGCGGACCCCAUGGCUAGCUUGUUAAAGUUUGCAAAUGACAAGGAUAUGAUUGGCAACAAGUUCCAGUCUAUUUCUCUGGGACAAGGUCAGGGUCCCAUAGCUGCUAAAAUGAUAUCGACUGCCAUGCAGAAUGGAACAUGGGUGUGUUUACAGAACUGUCACUUGGCUGUUUCAUGGAUGUCAAAUCUGGAAAAAAUUUGUGAGAACUUCAGCCCUGCAACAUGCCACCAAGACUUCCGCCUCUGGCUCACAAGUUACCCUUCAUCCAAGUUUCCAGUAACCAUCCUCCAGAAUGGGGUGAAAAUGACCAAUGAGCCCCCUACAGGGCUCUGUCUCAACCUCCUGCAGUCUUACUUGUCAGACCCUGUUUCUGACCCAAACUUCUUCAGCAAUUGCCCCAAGAAGGAGCUGAUUUGGGAAAAGCUUCUGUAUGGACUGUGCUUCUUCCACGCACUUGUUCAGGAGAGGAAGAAGUUCGGCCCACUAGGUUGGAAUAUUCCGUAUGGCUUCAAUGAGUCUGACCUCCGGAUAAGCAUCAGACAACUCCAGCUAUUUAUAAAUGAAUAUGAGAAUGUGCCUUUUGAGGCUAUAACAUAUCUAACUGGAGAGUGUAACUACGGUGGCCGUGUGACAGAUGACUGGGAUCGACGGCUUCUGAUGACAAUCUUGGCCGAUUUCUACAACAAAGACAUUGUUAAGUUUCGCUACCCUUUUUCACCCAGUGGUGAAUACUUUGCUCCACCCAAAUCUAGCUAUGAAGACUAUGUGCUGUUUAUCAAGAAUCUUCCGUCUAGCCAACAUCCAGAGGUGUUUGGGAUGCAUGAAAAUGUUGACAUCUCCAAAGAUUUGCAGCAGACAAAACUUCUUUUUGAUUCAUUGCUGCUAACUCAGGGUGGAGGAACAAAGGGAGGGAGCAGCUCUGGCAGUGACAGCACCCUGUUUGACAUAGCCAAUGACAUCCUUACGCAGCUUCCGAAUUAUUUUGACACUGAAGCAGUUCUGUCAAAGUUCCCAGUCCUCUAUGAAGAAUGUAUGAACACCGUCCUUGUCCAAGAAAUGGAGCGCUAUAACGCAUUGUGUAGUACCAUUCGUGUAAGCCUACAGAACCUGUUGAAAGCUAUUAAGGGGUUGGUGGUGAUGGACUCAGAACUGGAGGCUGUUGCAGCUAGUUUGGCUGUUGGAAAGGUCCCAGAGAAAUGGGCAAAGCGCUCUUACCCAAGCCUGAAGCCACUAGGGAGUUAUGUCAGUGACAUUCUCUCUAGGCUUAGGUUUUUACAGGUUUGGUAUGAAACCAAGAAGCCCUGUGUGUUCUGGCUGUCUGGCUUCUACUUCCCCCAGGCCUUCCUAACCGGGGCAAUGCAGAACUACGCCAGGAAAUACCACAUCCCCAUUGAUCUUUUGGGGUUUGAUUUCGAGGUUCUUCCUAUCGAUACAUCAGAAACAGCACCUGUGGAUGGCGUUUACAUUAAUGGAUUGUUCCUUGAUGGUGCACGUUGGGACAGGGGGAGUGGAUUUCUGGCGGAGCAGUACCCAAAAGUACUGUUUGACUCCAUGCCCAUCAUUUGGAUAAAACCUACUGAAAAGAAGACCAUCAAUGCGUCUGAAGGACUCUAUGUCUGCCCUCUCUAUAAGACCAGUGAGAGGAAGGGAACUCUCUCUACUACUGGUCACUCUACCAAUUUCGUUAUUUCCAUAAUGUUGCCCACGAGCAAGUCUCCACAGCACUGGAUUAAGCGUGGUGUGGCCAUGCUAUGCCAGCUCGAUGACUGAGACCAGAUCACAUAUUGCUGAAAACUUCAGCACUACAUAAUAGUGUUUGGGUGUGUGAAAUAAAAGUUAUACCUGCAUUUAA